UCUGUCCCAGAUUUGGAGUUGUUAUAAGGAGAAGAAGCUCUUAACGGUCCUUCUUCUUAGAAACUUGGACACAAUCUUGGUAUUCACGCGCACCUUUAGUAAUUUAGUUCUCUAAAAGAACGGACCUGAACACUUGAGCAUCAUGACAGUAGUGGGCUGUACGAAGUGUAUCAAAUUCAUGCUCUUUUUCUUUAAUUUCGUUUUCUGGUUGGCUGGAGGUGUGAUCUUGGGAGUGGCACUAUGGCUUCGUCAUGACAACCAGACCAGCAGUCUUCUCAUGCAGCAGUUUGAAGGCCAGCAGGCUCCAAGUACCUUCUAUAUCAGUGUGUACAUCCUGAUAGCUGUGGGAGCUGUGAUGAUGUUUGUAGGGUUCCUUGGUUGCUACGGGGCCAUCCAGGAAUCUCAGUGUCUCCUGGGAACGUUCUUUUUCAUGUUGAUAUGCCUGUUCGCCUGUGAGGUGGCUGCUGGGAUCUGGGGAUUCAGCAACCGAGACACAAUCUCCAAGGAGAUGAUUAACUUCUAUGAUGCAGCGUACAUCAAGUCAGUGGACGUCGUAGACUCCCCCACCAAAACAGCUGCUAUCAAAGUCCUGGAGGUGUUCCACGAGACGCUGGACUGCUGUGGUAAAGGAGAUGACUCCCCCUUAUUCGUACAAGUAGCCGGAGCCCUGUGUCCCAAGAAGACCCUGGAAGAUGCCCUGUUGAAACCUUCGAGCUGUCAUCUGAAGCUAAACGAUCUGUUCUCUGAGAAGCUCUACCUGAUUGGUCUAGCUGCCCUGGUGGUCGCUGUCAUCAUGAUCUUUGAGAUGAUCUUCACCAUGGUUCUCUGCUGUGGGAUCCGCAAUGCCACCCCAGUGUACUAGAACCACAGAACCCUACUAGAACAACGGACCCAUAGAACCACAGAACCACAAUGGAGGGGCUCAAAGGUACAAAUCCUCUACAGAUCAAAGUAAACGAAGAGGAUUGAAAACGUUACAUUUUGUGUUGUAGUUCCUACUACUUAUUAUGUUGCAUAAGUAUGUACAUUUCUAUCAGUAUUAUAAAUAGAGACUAGAUUGUAUUACAGUAUUUUCUAUGUUUUAACAAUACUCCUAAUAAGCAUUUCGCUACACUAUAACAUCUGCUAAAUAUGGAUAUGCGACCAAUAUAAUUUUAUUUGACGGUUUGAGCCUGUCGAUAAUCUUCGAUGACAGUCAGACGGUGACCAACAGACAUUCAGCAUCUCUCUAAUGCUAAACCUUUUACUUUCUUUUUUCAUUGAGCCUUUUGUAUGUUUUCGUGAAGUACUUCUCCAAGGUUUUGUAUGUUUUCGUGAAGUACUUCUCCAAGGUUUUGUAUGUUUUCGUGAAGUACUUCUCCAAGGUUUUGUAUGUUUUCGUGAAGUACUUCUCCAAGGUUUUGUAUGUUUUCGUGAAGUACUUCUCCAAGGUUUUGUAUGUUUUCGUGAAGUACUUCUCCAAGGUUUUGUACGUUUUCGUGAAGUAUUCUCCAAGGUUUUUGUAUGUUUUCGUGAAGUACUUCUCCAAGGUUUUGUAUGUUUUCGUGAAGUACUUCUCCAAGAUUUGAAGAGUUCAGUGCUCUUUUUUUUUAUGGUGUGUAAACUGCACACAAUCAUUUAGACUGCGUCCCAAAUGGCACCCAGUUCCCUUUAUAGUGCACUACUUUAGACCAAGGUCCAUAGGGCUUUAGUAAGCAGUAGUGCACUACAUUUGGGAAUAGGGUGCCAUUUGGGACUAACCCACAGAUAGCUUGACGAACAGUGCUUUAGUUGGGACGGUGCUCGCUGGUACAGAGCCAGAGUACCAACUCCUCACAUUUCCUACAGCUCGAGCACAGUCACCGCGCCACGUGUUAUAGAAUAUUAGCUUUAAAAUAUAUGUCCCGGAACAGAAGCUUUUCUUGUUCCACUUCAAGUGCUGCCUGCCUACGAACCACUAAUAAAAAAUAGCACCCUAUUUCCUACAUAGUGCACUGCUUUUGACCCAUAGUUCUAUAGGUCCUGGUCAAAAGUAGUGCACUGUAAAGGGAAUAGGGUGCCAUUUUCGGACGCAGACGCAGUAUCUGUCCUUCCCUCCUCCGAGAUAGUGGAGCUUAACAGUGACGUUAUAUAUGGAUCUAAUUCAUAAUGAACCACAACUAAAUUGUGAAAAUGUACACUUCUAAUAAAAAACCUUUUCUCUUUC